AUGUCCUCUCCACCCCCAAACCUCCGACAGCGAGGGGGGAAGAAAAAUGUCGCCGUUAAAGAUCCACAAACAAUUUCUCCCCCACUCAAAUUGAGCCCACAUAAGAAGGCCGUUGCAAAACCCGCCGGACAGUGGGAUUAUAAGGCCGCUUUGGUGAUCUUGACGCUGUUAGCGUUCGCAACACGUUUUGCCAGUAUAAGCUACCCUGACGAAGUUGUGUUUGAUGAGGUCCAUUUCGGGAAGUUUGCUUCGCAUUACCUUCGACGCACCUAUUUCUUCGAUGUUCACCCACCGUUUGGCAAGCUUCUCCUUGCUUUUAUGGGUUGGCUUGUGGGAUUCGACGGCCACUUUCUUUUCGAGAAUAUUGGAGAUUCAUACAUCGAAAACAGAGUCCCGUAUGUUGCCCUCCGGGCCAUGCCCGCGAUCCAAGGCGCUUUGACGAUCCCUGUGAUCUUCCUAAUUAUGUGGGAGUCUGGCUACUCCCUCCCAGCCUGUAUCCUCUCUGCGGGACUGGCUCUGUUCGACAAUGCGCACGUUGCUGAAGAUAGACUGAUCCUUCUCGACGCAACCCUGGUGCUCACCAUGGCACUGAGCAUCCUUUGUUACGUUCGGUUUUACAAAUUCAGACACGAGCCAUUUAGUCGCAAGUGGUGGAAAUGGCUGCUUUUGACUGGUGUCUCGCUGAGUUGUGUUAUUUCAACUAAAUACGUGGGCACGUUUACGUUUGUCACUGUUGGCGCCGCCGUUGCCAUCGAUUUGUGGGAUCUUCUUGAUGUGAAUCGCCCUGGAGGCGUUAUUCCCCUAACUCAAUUCGCCAAGCAUUUCGCUGCUCGAGCUCUCGCCUUGAUUGUCGUGCCAUUUUUCUUUUAUUUGUUCUGGUUCCAGGUUCACUUUGCUAUUCUCAACAAGUCAGGUCCAGGCGACGCCUUUAUGUCCCCGGAAUUUCAGCAAACUCUCAGUGAUAAUCCGAUGAACGUGAACUCGUUUGGCAUCCAUUAUUACGAUCAUAUAACUAUACGACACAGGGAUACCAAGACAUAUCUACACAGCCAUCCAGAUCGCUACCCGUUACGUUAUGACGACGGGCGUGUCUCCAGCCAGGGUCAGCAAGUUACUGGCUACCCUUACAACGACACCAACAACCACUGGGAGAUACUUCCGGCCACUCCAUUCGAUGAUAACGAUCGCCUUGGGCACGUUGUUAAAAAUGGUGACAUUAUCCAACUUCACCAUGUGGGGACAGAUACUAUUCUGCUAACGCACGACGUGGCCUCCCCGUAUUAUCCCACAAACCAGGAGUUCACCACCGUUUCCCAUGAGCUGGCAAAUGGCGAGCGCCACAACGAUACCCUCUUUGAGAUCAAGAUCGAGAAAGGAGGAUCAGAGCAAGAGUUCAAUACCUUGUCUAGUCAUUUCAAGCUUAUCCAUGUGCCCACUAAGGUUGCCAUGUGGACCCAUACCAAGCCCUUACCUGAGUGGGGAUUUAAGCAAGCUGAAAUCAACGGGAAUAAAAAUGCGCAACAGUCCAGUAACAUCUGGUUUGCGGAGGAUAUCCCGUCUCUAGACCCGGACAGUGAGCGGCUGAAAAAAGAGCCCCGCCCGAUCAAACAACUUCCUUUCCUUGUCAAGUACUUAGAACUACAACGGGCAAUGUUCGUUCACAACAAUGCCCUAACCAGCAGCCAUCCGUACGCCAGUGAACCAUUCGAAUGGCCCUUCCUCCUUCGUGGAGUAAGUUUCUGGACUAAGAAUUCCGAGCGAGAGCAGAUCUAUUUCCUCGGAAACCCGAUCGGCUGGUGGCUUUCAAGCGGUCUCCUCGCCGUUUUUGCCGGCAUUGUCGGUGCCGAUCAGCUCUCCAUGCGUAGAGGGAUUGACGCCCUGGAAGAAAUCUGGGGUCCCGGCACCCGCGCGCGCCUCUACAGGAGCACUGGUUUCUUCUUCCUCUGUUGGGCCGCCCACUUCCUGCCUUUCUUCCUCAUGGGCCGCCAGCGUUUCCUCCACCAUUACUUACCAGCCCACAUCGCCUCCACCCUCGUCGCUGGCGCCGUAAUCGAAUUCGUUUUUAACAUCGAUCCAAUAGUCCCGAAUGACAACAACGGCGAUCUGACAGCGGCUGAAACUGCCGUCACGGAUCGAAAGUACCGGAUCCCCAAGGGACGGUUGGGUCAGCAGAGUCUGCUGGCUCUGUGGGCAGCUGUCGGCGUGAUUUUGAGCGCGACGAUGUAUGGGUUCUAUUUCUUUGCGCCACUUACAUAUGGUCGGCCUGGGUUAGAUGUUGCGGGCGUGCUGGCGAGGCGGUGGUUGUCGUACGAGUUGCACUUUGCGAAAUAA